AUGAUCUCUCUCCGUUGCCUUGCCUUCUUGGCUGCUGGCGUGGUUGGGCAGGAUUGCUCCGGCAAGGGGGUCACUUGGGGACCUGGCAUUGGCCCGCCUCCUGCAGGCUGUGGUUCAGGUACUUCAGGCUCAGGUGCUACCGGUGCCACAUGCACAAACCCAACCUGCAGCAGCCCUCCUUGUGCCGCCCCACUUUUGGGUGACGUUGGCUGCACAACCGUUUCUGGAGUUGAGACCUACAACCAUGAGCUUUUGAGUGCAGGCCAGGAGAUUGCAAGCAAUGCGCACAUCUUUGGCCCGUUUGAAGCAGGCUUCACAUCCCAACAGCAGAGCAUCAUCGAGAAUUGGGGGUGCUCCGAUGCCUCAGUUGCCUACGACACUGAGGGUGGAACGGAUAUUGGCACUGCCGAAAGCAAGGUGUCGCAUCUCUGUAACAUUGAGUUGCCACGCAUUGUGGGCAACACAUACUAUGGAGUGGUGGGCCCUUGUGGUGGUCAUACCGGCGACUACCAUUUUCAUCGGAGUUUCAGCUGCUUGUACUCUCAAACUGGUGGGCACUCGACAAAGGUUGGUGUCAUUGCCGGGCACAACAUCUAUGGCAAAUGGGAAGAUUAUGACAACCAGAGGUUGCCACUCCUGGAUGCCUGCGGGGCCCAUAUUGGGCCCACACCUGAAUCAAGCACGGCAGUGUAUCACUACCAUGCGCAAGACAAGGCACCAUUCACAGUCGGAUGCCAUGGGCCAAGUGCAAGUGGUGGCUUGGUCAGUGUCGCAACAUGUCGUUCUCUCUACUCAGAUUGUGACAAUGACGGUGGCAGUGGCACUACCAUCCAGACGAAGACCGGUAGCAUCAGCUAUGAUCGUUUUUGUCCAUGUUUCGAUGCAACGGGAUCCAAUAUGGGCACAAACAUCCAGGAACUUCCAGCCCUGAGCUCCACGGAGAUCUACUACACUGUGGAUUCCAGCGGGGUCUCGUCAACUGCAGCAUCCAGCGGAACCACAGCAGCAUCUACAACGGGGGCAGCUCAAGGCUCAGCCAGAACAUCGACCGUGGCAUUUGCAGAUACCUCGGCUGCUUCGGGACUGACCUGGACCUUUGGCAUCUUUGCCUUGUCCAAGAAGUUUGGAUGGAGGCUUCUGCAGCGAAAAACAGCUGCUGUUUCUAGCUUUCCGAUGAUCUCUCUCCGUUGCCUUGCCUUCUUGGCUGCUGGCGUGGUUGGGCAGGAUUGCUCCGGCCAGGGGGUCACUUGGGGACCUGGCAUUGGCCCGCCUCCUGCAGGCUGUGGUUCAGGUACUUCAGGCUCAGGUGCUACCGGUGCCACAUGCACAAACCCAACCUGCAGCAGCCCUCCUUGUGCCGCCCCACUUUUGGGUGACGUUGGCUGCACAACCGUUUCUGGAGUUGAGACCUACAACCAUGAGCUUUUGAGUGCAGGCCAGGAGAUUGCAAGCAAUGCGCACAUCUAUGGCCCGUUUGAAGCAGGCUUCACAUCCCAACAGCAGAGCAUCAUCGAGAAUUGGGGGUGCUCCGAUGCCUCAGUUGCCUACGACACUGAGGGUGGAACGGAUAUUGGCACUGCCGAAAGCAAGGUGUCGCAUCUCUGUAACAUUGAGUUGCCACGCAUUGUGGGCAACACAUACUAUGGAGUGGUGGGCCCUUGUGGUGGUCAUACCGGCGACUACCAUUUUCAUCGGAGUUUCAGCUGCUUGUACUCUCAAACUGGUGGGCACUCGACAAAGGUUGGUGUCAUUGCCGGGCACAACAUCUAUGGCAAAUGGGAAGAUUAUGACAACCAGAGGUUGCCACUCCUGGAUGCCUGCGGGGCCCAUAUUGGGCCCACACCUGAAUCAAGCACGGCAGUGUAUCACUACCAUGCGCAAGACAAGGCACCAUUCACAGUCGGAUGCCAUGGGCCAAGUGCAAGUGGUGGCUUGGUCAGUGUCGCAACAUGUCGUUCUCUCUACUCAGAUUGUGACAAUGACGGUGGCAGUGACACUACCAUCCAGACGAAGACCGGUAGCAUCAGCUAUGAUCGUUUUUGUCCAUGUUUCGAUGCAACGGGAUCCAAUAUGGGCACAAACAUCCAGGAACUUCCAGCCCUGAGCUCCACGGAGAUCUACUACACUGUGGAUUCAAAUGCCACAACAUCCUCCACAACUCUUUUAGGGGCUUCAAUUGAUGAUGCAUCAAGAUGGGGCUUUUCAGCCUUGCUUCUGACUGCCUGGAUGUCGACUGCUCACGGAGCUCAAGGAUGGCGAUCCAAUCAGAAGUUCCUUAGGUCAUUGCAGACACAUCCCGAAAGAGCGAUGGGCGGCCGUCAGAGCAAACCUGAGGAACGAGCCCCAGCUCCCAGCUUGGAGGAUGCUGCGGGAAACAUCGACAAAAAGAUUGAAGAGAUUGAAGAGAAGAUCCAAAAAGCUCAGGAGGAGGCCAAACAAUAUGUGGCACAGCAGAGUACCAAUGCCACGGCAAAGGCGCGUGCCAUGCAGGCCUUGAAGCGAAAGAAGAUGUUGGAACAACAGAGAGAUCAGCUGGUUAACACCCACUUCAACGUUGAGAACAUGCGGAUCCAGCAAGACCAAGCAGAAAUCAACGCUCAGACGGUGCUGGCCAUGAAAGAGGCCAAUGACAAGCUGAAGCAGCAGCAGAAACAGAUGGGAGUGGAGGAUGUCGAAAAACUCACCGACGAUAUUGCGGACAUGCAAGCAGAGAUGAAGGAUAUCCAGGCUGCCCUGGCCGCUUCUUCCUCUCUGGGUGCUGGUGGCGAAGAAGAAGCAGAGGAUGAACUGAAGGCUCUCUAUGCACAGCAAGCGCAAAAGGAAGCAGAAGAGGCCAUGGCAAUUCUCGCUGGUGGUGGGGGUGUGCCAGCCCCUGUGGCCCCCACUCCUGCUGCACCGGCUGCAGCCAAAGCAGCUCCAGUGGCCUCAUGAGUUCAGGCCCUGAGGCCGCCAAGCUCUCAUCCUCUUGGAUUCGAUGCAACCCUUCAACCGUUUAACCCUGUGCCCAGCUGCACAGAAGUUGUUUUGCCAUGAGAGUUGCCAUUUACAAAUGAUGAAGGUCUUUGAUGAUGGCAUCUGCAAGUCUCACCCAGUAGCUUCAGCCAAACAGUACACGGAUAU